UGUUAAAUUCUGUCAUUCAGAGUGAUUAAGUUUAUAGCUUAAAUUAAGCGUUUUAAAUUAAAACCGUUAAAUUCUGAUGCUGAUUUGCGAAACAGGAAAUUGUGAUAUAUUUCGAUAUUUCCUCAGAGCAUUAAUCAUUUUCAUUACAAACGUUUGUUUGACCAAACAGAUAUUCUUCUUUCGUACUAGUUAAUGGGAUUGUUGAAAAAUAAAAAUGGAAGCCCAAAUAAAGAAACGUGGAAGACCAAGACUAAGCGAAGAGGAAAGGAAACGGAAGAGGAUAGCCAGGCAUGAGGCCUAUACCAAAACCAGGGUAUAUCUCGGCAGCGACUUUGAAAGAUGGUUGAAAGUGAAGAAUGAGAACAGUUUGAAUAGUGACAGAGAAGUGGCUACAUUUUUGAUUGACAGUUUAUUUAUCAGUUAUAUGCACAACAAAGACCAUACAGAGGCUAAACCAGAUCCAUUAAAAACACACAUGAGGACCUCAACCCCAAGUACUGGAAACAUUCAACACAUUGAGAGAACAUCAUCCUUAUCAGAGGUUUCAGAAGCAGAGACUGACAGGAAAAACAUGGGACUUUGCCUGAUGAAGCUUUAUGUGACUCGGGAAAUGAAAUCAUCAGUUGAAAUGGCCAUCAAAUCAUUCUUCUCACAGCAAGGAUGGCGCUUGAACCAACCAGAUAUAUCAGGAUCGACAUUGGUAACAGCACCGAAGGAAAUACAUGUAGAACACACAUUGCAGAACAAUUUCAAUACAAAUGCACAAGAAGAGCAAUCAUUAACAGAAGGUAUAAAAAUCAAGGAAGAACCACCAGACUAUCACGAUGAAAGAAUGGAUACAGAGGCUGAGCGUAGAGAAGGGUACAUGUUUGUCUUUGACAAUUGGAACAGUUUGAAUGACUUUGAAAAUUGCAAAUUGAAACAUUUGAAUGACCCUGAAAAUUCACAUCUUAAUGAUUUGAGUCACACUUUUGUUGAAAAACCUAUUAAGGAAGAAUUUGUUGACCCGGAUAUGAAUGGAUCUAAAAAUGACAAAAAAGAUGAUGAUCCACAUGAUUUAAUGGGUGCUGUUGAAAUAAAGGUUGAGGUUGAGGAAUACGACAGUGAUGACGAUGUGAACAGAGGGACAUUAAUGAUAUCCCAAGAAGAGUCGAUAAUGGGUAAUCAUGGGACCGAAACGCCUGGGGAGGUCACACAGCCACCUGAAACAGAAGUGAAUUACGUGGGUGACACAUGUUCAAUGACCAAUGUGUCGAAGAAGUUUCAUACUAAGCGGACCAAAUAUUGAAUAUAGCGAUUAAACCACUGCCAGACUAGGGGAUGAGUGAAUGGACAAUAAAGAAGGUUUGGCGGGUCCAAUCAUUGUUCUCUCUAGAUGCAACCGUUUUGAAUUUGUGAAAAAAGAACAGUAGACAAACCGACAUCCAAUAUGGCUAAAACCCAGUGUUGAUUUGGAAAAUAGUGAAGAGGCAUCUAAAGAAAGUUCAAUACAGAUAACAUUGAAAUACAGUUUACCUGUAAAUUUGUAAGAAACCCUUGCGCUCUAAAGAAAUUUAAAGGGUCAUGUGAUUAGAAAUCAUGGCAGUUUCGGAUGAAAGUUGCCAUGUAACUUUUGUUUUCUAAUCAUUUUUUCUAUAUGUAAACUUGUUGACUAUGAAACCUGGAUUGCUACAUGUUUUAUAAUGUAUGAUAUUUAUAGGUAAUGAGUAUUCCUAAAAAAAUCCAAAUAAGAUUGUUCAUACGUCUAUUCCAGCUGUUGUUUUAUUGUAUGCGAUUGACAUCAUAUGCCAAUAUACUUACAUAAAACUCAUUUCUUUAAAGCUAUACAUAUUAUAUCUAAAACUUCAAUUUUAUUUCAGUUUAUUUUUUUUUACAUUAUUUGGCUGAGUUAACCAUUUUUGUCCGGUCAAUAGCUUUCUCAUUCAUGGUCGGAUUAAAAAAAAUAUGACAGAAGUUACUCCCUUAGCAUAAAAAUGUGUCGCGCUCAAGGCCAGUGUGCAUACCUUCAAGGUCAAGAUCACAGCAACCUUCUGAACUAAUUGUGGUCUGCCGAUCCAUCCAAUGUUUGUCUAGUCCAUGUCAUUCUCAUUCAUGGUCCGAUUUUAAGAGCAAAUAUUUGGCAGGAGUUACUCCCAUAGCAUGAUAGGGUGUCGCGCUCAAGACUAGUGCCCCUACCUUCGAGGUCAAAUUCACAGCAAUCACCCGAACGUAGUAUAUAUAUUACUUUAUUGGAAAUUGUUAAAAGGGUUUUCUGUAAAAACAGACAAAUUGAAUUUUUCAAAUAAAGAUUUACUGGAGUAUUAUAAAGCUAUCCAACUAUCCAGACUCAAAUUUGUAUCAACCUGAUGAAGAUUUCCAUGAUAGAUAUGUACUUGGAGAAUUAAAUACUAUGUCUGAGUAACUGAAUGAAUUAUUUACUCAUGCUAAAAUAUUCAUGGCAUGCACGCAAUUGAAUAAUGGUAAGGCAGCAGCGCCUGAUUUUUUAAAUAUGGUAUUAAUAGUGAUUGUUUUUAUGCCCCCGAAGGUGGGCAAAUUAAAAUCGCACCGUCCGUCCGUGUGUCCGGCUCAAUAACUCGUGUCCGGGAUGUAGCUUUUCCUUGUAUGUACAUAUUUUAAAAUAACUUGCCACAUGUGUUCCACAUACCAAGGCGACGUGUCGCGUGCAAGACCCCUGUCCCUACCUCUCAGGUCAAGGUCACACUUAGUGUUUAUUCACAAUGGAGUGCUGCAUAUAAGGACAUGGAGUAUAGGCUGUUGUUUCCGGGCUGUAACUUUUCCUUGUAUGGACAGAUUUUAAAAUAACUUGUCACAUGUGGUCCAUAUUCACGUGGUGUUUAUUCACAAUGGAAUGCUGCAUAUAAGGACAGAGAGUAUAGGUUUUCGUGUCCGGGCUGCUACUUUCUCUUGUAUUGACAGAUUUUAAAAUAACUUGCCACAUGUGUUCCACAUACCAAGAGGACGUGUCGCGUGCAAGACCCAUGUCCCUACAUUUAAGGUCAAGGUCACACUUAGUGUUUAUUCACAAUGGAGUGCUGCAUAUAAGGACAUACAGUAUAGGUUGUCGUGUCCGGGCUGUAACUUGCCUUUGUAUGGACAGAUUUUAAAAUAACUUGCCACAUGUGUUUGACAUACAGAGAUGAUAUGUCGCGUACAAGACUCAUGUCCCUAACUCUAAGGUGAAAGAUACACUUGUGUUUAUUCACAAUGGAAUACUGAAUAUAAGGACAUAACAGUGUAGAUUGUCAAGUAUGGGUGGUAUUUUUUAUGUUCAGAGGCAAUUCAAAAUAACUUGCCAUAUGUAUUUGACACGUAGGCAAGAUCAACUUUUCAUGUACUGACCUUGAUCAUAGGACAAUGUCACAUUUGCGGGCAUUCGUCACAUACUGCGACAGCUCUUGUUUUGAAGGCGAUUUGUACUUUGUUUAAUAAGUUGUUUAAUAGGGGAUAUUUUCCAGAAGGCUUUAUAGUUCCAUUACCGAUAUAUAAGAAAGGUGAUAAGGAUAAUGCUAAUAACUAUUAUUAAGUACUUUUGUGAAAUUAUUUACUAAAGUGAUAAUAAUAGGUUGAAUUUUUGGGCUGAAAAAUAUCAUGUGUAUAUUGAGGCUAAAGCAGGAUUUAGACAGAAUAUGGGUACUGUUGAUAAUAUCUUUGUUCUACAUGGUAUCAUUAACUACCCCGGUAGUUGUAAGAGAAUUACCCCGGUAGUUGUAAGAGAAUAAAAAGAGAUUGUAUGCAGUUUUUGUGGACUUUACGAAGGCGUUCGUUUUUUUUGGUAAGAGAUAUCAUAUAAGUAUAAGCUUUUAAAAUUAGGAGUAGGAGGAAACAUGUUUAAUUUUAUAAAAUCUAUGUAUUUAAAUGUUAAAUCAAGCAUUAAACUGAAUAAUACAGUAAGUAAUGAAGAUUUUACAUGUUUCUUGGGUGUGAGACGGGGAGAAAGUUUAUCUCCAUUUUUAUUCUCAGAUUAAAUGGCUAAGAAGAACAUUACAUGUUGAAUGGAUUCAAAUGUAUCGAUAUGCCGAUAAUGGGUAUGCUAAAAUUAUUUCUGUUGUUAUAUGCUGAUGAUAUUGUAAUCAUGGCUGAUUCUGAGAAUGAGUUAAAGAAAGGUUAAUUGUUAUUAGAGAGUAUUGUGACUAAAGUAUUGAUUUUUAAAAAUGAACGCAAUUGGGCUGGUCAAAGUUUGUGGAGUCCGAAGGCUGGUCAAAGUACGCGUGGAGUCCUUCGGACUCCACAAACUUUGACCAGCCCAAUUGCGUUCAUACCCCGAUAAUGACAUCAAUCCCGCAAUUCAUUACUUAUAUUUGCACCAAAAGUGCAUUACUUCAUUCAAGAAUUGUUAAAAAAUGCUUUAUUUCAUUUAAGGAAACCUUUCAGUAAUCCUUUUUUACCCAUUCUGUAAAUAAAACGACCCGAUUGUAACCGGAAACGUUUUAUCAAAUGACGUCACGAUAACGCGGGAAAAGAUCAACUACUUGAAAUCAUUUUUAAAAGUAAAAUUGAAACACUUAUGGCAACGAUACAUUAAACACUUUCUAAAAUGUUGAUUUAUAUUUAACGGCACCUUCUGAUUUAACGGCACCUUCUGACACAAAACAAACAAUCACAAGAUCAAAAAUAUGCAUGUGUAUUGUUAUGCGAUGCAUUGCGAUUCGAACAUAUCCGAAGAUGUUGCGUUCAUCGAUUGAUAAACGCAAGUGCCGAAAGGCAGUUUAUUUAGGGAAUGGAAGUUGAGGUGUAAAUAUACACUGAUCUCUCGCUGUCAUGUAUUGAUUUUACUCUAUAUGUAUACAAUAGUUAUUAGUUUUGUAUGCUUUGUGAAUUUAUAUAAGAUCUGUUCAUUCUUACAUGAACAUUUUACUUUAGUCUCAUCCACACAUUCUUACAACAGUAGACAUAGUGCUGGAAAUUUUGCUGGAAGUGCCACAGGCUGACAGUUUUAUAUUAAAUACUUUCUUUUAUCAAGCAAUCCAGGACUGGAACAGUCUUCCAAUAAAGUUAAAAGAAUUGAAAAAUAAGAAUACUUUUAAAAAAGAAGUGAAAUCACAUCUCAUUGUUGGUAUGAAAUGUGCAGAAAUGGAAGAUUUCCUAUUUUAUUAAUUGUUAUUCAUUUAAUCUUGCAUAUCAGUCCAAAGAUUUUUGUCAUAUUAUGCUAAAGUGUCAUAUGGUUUUAACAGUCGGUUGCAUUAUAACUGUAAAAGUUUGAUAUCAAACAUUUAAUCAUUCUUUAACUGGUCAAGAGUACAUGCAUGUUAUUCUUGUAUAAGAAAACCUAAUUUAAACAGCUUACAACUGAGAUCUUGGCAAAUAAUUAUAUUUGUCAUAAGGACCCCAUUGGAAAUAAGUUGAAUAACUUUAAUGGGUUAUCCUGUGUUAUAUAUUUGUCACAUUGAAUUAAAUCUUUGUUAACGCACGUAUGUAUCCAAAGCAUUCUAAUGAUGUUGUGCUUUAGUCUAGAUAUCAUCACUAAUACUUUGUUAAUCAGUCUGUGUUAUAACUUUAUGAGAUAUUUGGUUUGUUACUAUGACAUAUAUAUGCACGAAUAAAUCUAUCUAUCUAUCUAUCUGUAUAUUAUAGAUAUUGAAUUGAUCUCUUGACAACUUAUAUAUUUAGCGAGAGAUAGUUUAUUUUUUAAAAUGUAUACACAUGGAAAGUAUAUCUACAUGUAUUUCUGAAUAAACUUUCAAACUAACU